AAUAGAAGUACAGAGGACGGGUGUGAUAUUACAAUGGAAUUUACACAGACCUGCUUCAUCCACAUCUUCCUCGCGUUCCUCAUCAUAUUAACAGAUGCUGAGGGCAUCAUCACCAUCAAAGCAAACAAAGGGCAGAAGAUCCUUCUCCCCUGCAACGUAUCUGAGGACAGUCUUAAUAAAACAUAUACUGUCAACUGGAGGAAGAAUGGAACCUCUCCAGCCCUCUGUUAUUACCGUGUGUCACACAAUAACAUAAGAGACAGGAAGUGUGGAUCCCGUUAUGUGACUGAAGGACAACCUCCGCGACUUUACUUAACAAAUGUCAGCUUCAGUGACUCUGGGGUCUACAACUGCUUUGUGGCAAGACAAAUUCCGCCACCAGUCAAGGAGAAAUUCUAUUUGGUGGAUCUUCUAGUUGGAGAUGCAGCUCGUCCCACGGUGUCUGUGUCCCGGGUGGAGGGGCCCAGUGGGAACCCGGCGCUGCUCUGCUCCGUUCGGAACUUUUACCCAGAGAGCAUAGAGCAGGACUGGCUCCGGGACGGACUCCCACUGAACGUGACCCCUGACAGACGCAGCACAGUCAACCCAGACGGCUCCUACUCCCUCGACUCCUACUUGUCUCUGACACCAGCACAUGCUGAGGAUGUGCUCUGUUCCUGCUGGGUCAAUCACUCCUCUCUGGACCUGCCUCUCAACUACACUUUUCAGUGUAAAGAACACAAAACAGUUGGAGUUGCUGUUCCAAUAUUUUUGGGAGCAUUUUGUGUGAUAAUCAUUUUCCUUGUUUUUCUACUACAUAAGAAAUUCAAAGUCCACUGUUGCUCUUUUGGGUCCAACCACACAGCUCCUUCUGACGUCCAGGAGUCACGAAGAAAUACAGCUUAUUACAAGCUUAGGAACUAGUAGCUAAAGACAACACAGAUUGACUUUUUCAAACCCUUAAGAAAGAGGACCCAAAAAUCUUAAGUUACAAGACCCUCACACGUCAACGAUUGUGUACUUCCCGCAAGAAUGCCCCUUAUUUGAAAAGGAAGGCUUUAUUCCUUGAAGCGCAAUUGUUCUGUACUAUGAGUACAUUUAUAUGAAGCAGUAUUUUGGACAUCCAAAACAUGAAUAUUUUAUCGUUAGACAUCCUCAGAUCAUUGUUCAUCACCUAGUCACCAUUGAAAGACUUAACGAUAAACGGCGAAAUACUUAAUUCCUGCUUAGUUGUUUUAAUUCACCUUUAUAUAUAACCUCCGAUAUAACCUAAUCGGAGACUUUUUUCUUAUAAAAAUGUAAACUUUAAUAUAUUAAGCAGUAAUUAUAUUACCUCACUAUAUCUCUUUCAAUAAAUUCUGAACUGUUGAACUAA